AUGGGGGACCGACCAGCUGUCUACGUCCACUUCGAGCUCGGGGUGUCAUGGCCCAAGCAUAUGUCGAAAGAUCGCCACAUCACAUACAUCUCAAAGAGCAUGCGGGAUCGAGCGAACCAAUUCCCUCGACAGUUGCCUCCCGUAAAUACCAACUACCUCGCCGCACCAACACAAUACCAGGUUGCCUACCAACAACCAGUACCUCAAAUCCAGGAGCCCCAGACCCGGCCACAACAUCAAUUAACCUACUACACCAACGAGAUACCACCCAACACCUACAACAGGGACCCAGUAACAACAGCCCCGGCACAGGCAGCCCAGUACCAGCCAUACCAACCCGUCCAGCAGCAACAACACUACAUCCAUGAAUAUUACGCGCCAGUGGCACCAGUGCAACCCCAGGUGGAGGAGGAGGUUCGAGGGAGUUCAAGGUCGAUGAGUCGAAGCUCGCACGAACGGGGUCGAUCAGCUCCCCCUCCAUUUAACAGUAGUCCCUGGGAUGUCGGUUCGGGCUCUAAUAGCCAGGAUGUACCUCAACUCUGGAAGGCCUUGCCGGCAACCCCGAACCAGUACCGCCUCGGGGAGGAUGACAUGCCCUGGUCUACGUGGAAUUUUCCUAUGGGAUACAAUGAGAACGAUGACGAGGGCGACGAUGGUGAAAGAGGCGAGUCCCGUUCCCGUGAGGCCAGCAUCCGAGCAACAUGGGGACCCGAAUUCCCCGGAGAACCCGUACGUCGACCUGAAUCGGAUGACCGGCAACGAGGCAAGGCCAAAGAUAUCCAGUCUCUUGCCACUGCUCUGAUGACAGUGGACAACGGCUUCGAAGAUCAGUGGUGGUACCAGGGGCCUCGGCUUGUCAACCUUCAUGGAACCGUGCUGGUGCCCACAGCAGUUCCCAAGUCCAGUUUUCACCCGGAUUUCCAGCAAGGCUCGGUCGGAUGGGCCGUAUCCCGGGAAGAACAGAUGCGGCAAAAGGAUAUGCAAGAGCAAUACCAACGGCAGCAGCAGAAGGAGCAAUUGAAGAAGCAGAAGCAACAUCUACAGCAACUGCAACAACACCAACAGCGACAACAUCAGCAGCAGCAGCGACAGCAACAGCCGGAAUCCUUCGUGCCAUCGACUCCUUCUUUCCAGGUCGUGUCACCCCGGUCGAGCGUCGCCGAUAUCGUAUCGCCCCUGAGCGAGUACCCGAGUCCUUUGUCGAGUUAUGGAGGCCUUCGACGCUCGUUGACCACAAGGUCCGAUGAGCUUCACAUGUAA